GGGAAAAGUCACAGGGCAUGGCUGACAGCCACGAGUUCGUCCCGGCAACCGCCGAGCAGGUGGCGACCAUCAGGAGUCAGCUGGGGACCGACGAGGAAGACAUCCGGCAGGCCGUCGCGUCGCUGCGUGACUGGCUCAGGAUGCAGCCCCACCUGCCGGACCACAUAGAUGACGCGCGCAUCGAACGGACGUACAUCGACUGCAAGUGUAGCAGAGAACGGGUGAAGCUGGCGUUGGACGCCUAUUUCUCACUGAGGAACAAGUUUCCUGAGAUACUGAUGAACAGGGAUGCUAUGGGACCUGAGGUCUUGUACACCAUGCAGCAUCUCAAGGUGGUGACAAUGCCGCGACUCACCAAGGACUUGCAGCGAGUGCACAUAAUCGCAGGGGUCGACCCGGACCCGUCGGCGAUCUCGUGCCUCAUGUACGCGAAAGUGCUCACGAUGCAGCUGGACAUGAUGUACUUCGAUGACUACUCCCUCGGAGACGUCGUCAUCUGCGACCUGAACGGCGUGACCGUCGGCCACCUCCUCAGGAUCGACAUCAACGUCGUCCGCGCUCUCGAAUUCUGCUACAAGACUGUCAAUCGCAGAAGGAUGAAGGAAAUACACGUGUUGAACGUGGACAAAAUAACUGACUUCGUUAUGAAAAUAGCUAAGACAGCAAUCUCUGAAAAAUUGCUGAAAAGGAUCCAUCUCCAUCUGCUAGGAUCCAACACGCUGUUUGACCACGUGCAACGGGGAGACGUCCCGGACGAGCUGGGAGGAACAGCCGGCCCUAUUGAUAUGUUUGCCUAUGAGUUUAUCAGGAGAGCAGAGAAGCUGCGAGACUGGUUCCUGGAGCAGGACAAGUACACCUCUGAUGAGAGCAAGAGACCCGCAGACAACCAUUAUGCUGACAGCAUCUUCGGCGUUGCGGGCUCGUUUCGAAAACUUACUGUAGACUGACGCCACGUACAUUUGCUAGAGACUGCACAUUAUGUUACACUGAGUGGAGUAUCAAACUGUUAGGUUUCCAAUUUGAGUAUUUGCAAUGAUAAGACGUCUUCAACUAUAUACAACACAGUACCCCACAUUUUAUAUACGGUGCACUCACAUUUAUGCGCUUUUGCAAUAACUGCAAAAGUUAUUGUCACGUUGUUUCCUCUUAGAUUCACACUUUUGUAUAGUGACUAAGAUUUUAAUCAGAGAAAUAUAACGCUAGUAUCCAAGGGAAUAAAUCGGUUAACUGAUUUUCACAAACAUUUGGCUGUUUGAGCAUCAGCAGAAAGAAUUUAACUUAACGGUAAGGCUCUGAGCAUCGACAUUAUUGAAAAGCAUUAUCUAGAGCUAAUUCUCACAACUGAAAUAAACAGUGGUUGAAAGUUAUUGAAUGAUUUCAUGAGAGUAAAUCUUCUCCAGAAACGAACAUCGAAGCAUGUUCUCAUUAAAUCUACCCAUGAGGGAAUUUGGAGUUCUAAUGUCCAAAUUACACUGUUCUUAGCAAAUUCAAAUAUGUUUGGUGUAUGACUCACAAAAUAUCAUAGUCAGUUUUCCAUUAGAUACGAUCUUCGUCACCACCGUGUUAACUGCUAACCUUUAUUUCCUUAUGUAUAUAAAUUGGAGUAAGU